AUGCCCUGGUUCGUUCAAGGCAGCCGACCAGCCUCCGGCUGGUUCAUCUGCUUCCGCGCGACCGCCGCUUACCGCUGCACCUGUCAUCAACCCUCAUGUUGCUACACGCGGUUCUUCGGCAUCGGUCUCGGAGAAGACAAGGUAUCUAAAGCAUUGUCGGCUUUAUUGACGGCCGUUUGCGAUGAUCCCUGCGACGCGACCCAUUGGUGCAGGCUCCAAUGUUUUUUCGCAUUUGUUUUGUUCAAGCCAACCAGGGGCGGUCGCAGGACUAAUCAAGCCAAUUACGAACCGUCGGGCAUUGCGGCGCACGACGGUAAGCGCCCUGACGGGUGUACCUUGAUCCCUUGGAGAGCCGGCAGGUGCUUGGCGUGGGACGUUACCGUUCCGGGCACCUUUGCUGAGCGCUACGUCCAGCUUACUAGCAAAGAAAGCGGUUUGGCUGCAACCAGGGCAUCUGACGAGAAGAUCAAAAAGUACGACGGAGCUCUCCCCUCGAUGGAGUUUUUACCGAUUUGUAUCGAGGUCCUCGGCCCCAUGGACCGUAUCACCUCCGGGUUUUUCAAUCGGAUUUGUAAAAAUAUCAGUAUUAGGUCAGGCGAUAGUAGGGAAUAUUUUUUUGCUAUGAAUAAUAUCUCGUGCAUUCUGCAGCGGUUUUUGCGCGUCUGUGUGUUGGAAAAUGUGGAGUUGAAUGCCGACGGGGUUGAGUGA